UUCUUCGUCUGCGAGCUGCAGAUCCACCACGCGGGCNUGCGGAAAGCGGAGAAGGCGUCGAAAAGCCACGAGGUCUACGAGUUCUUCCGGACCUACUUCCGCGGCGGCGAGGAGGCGACGGUGCGGCGGCGCUUCCUGCUGCUGGAGAAGGUGGACCACGUCCUGCGCCAGCACGGCGAGGACUUUGGCGCGGCGAUCAAGACCGUGCUCGCCGACGACGACGAGGACGCGACGGUCGCGUUCGCGGAGCUCGUGGGCCUCGGCGGCGACGCGGACACGGCGGCCGCGAUCCUGCGCACGGACGCGCGGCGGCGCGUGACCGAGCUGCACGCCGCCGCGAAGCUCGCCGUCGACGGCGGCGCGCGCGUCGACGCGGCGCUCGAGGUCCGGGCCGCGGACGCGCUCGCGCGCUACGCGGCGGCCGCGGCGGAGACGAACCGCGGCGCCGCGGCCAAGGCCCUCCGGCGCUGCCUCCGGCUCCGGGAGAAGGCCCUCGGGCCCGCGAGCUUCGCCGUCGGCGACGCGGCGGACGCGCUCGCGACGCUCUGCGACGACGAGGCCGACGCCGUCGCGUUCCUGCGCACGGCCCUCGCCAUCCGCCGGCGCGAGGGCGACGGCGCCAAGGUCGGCCAGACGCUCCACAACCUCGCCGGCCACGUCGCCGCCGCGGCCAGGGGCGACGACGCGAAGCUCCGCGACGCCCUGGAGCUCUACCGCCAGGCGCUCCAGGUGCGCUCCGAGGUCUGGGGCUCGCGGUCCGACAAGGUCGCGUCGACGCUCUACGGCGCCGCGAGCGUCCUGGCCGACCUCGGCCACGGCGACGCCGCGCGCGGCGCGCUCGAGCGGUGCCUGUCCAUCUACGAGAAGUCGCUCGGCGCGGACCACCCGCGCGCGGUCGACGCGAAGCUCAAGCUCGCGACGGCGCGGCGCGCCGGCGGCGACCUCGCCGGCGCCCUCGACGUCGCGCACGCGGCGGCCGCGGCGCGCGCGGCGGCCGCGGCGCACGACGACGAAGACGCGGCCGCGCGCGCGGACCUCGCGUCCGCGCUGCUGUCCGUCGCGUCGCUGCUCAACGCCCUCGACGCGGACUCCGUCGCGGACGUCCUCCCCGGCGCGGCCGGCGACCUCGCAGCGGAGCCCGUCGACGCGCUCCUCG